AUGCGUCGGGAAAAGCGGAUUUUAGGGGGUUUGGCCCCCUCAGAAAUCCUAAAAUCCGAGGUUUUUCAUGGAAUUCUCAUGGAAUUCCGGCCCCGGAUGUGGACUGAAAUUUUUUUAGCCUGGAGUUGUUUUUGGGUUUUUUUUUUUUUGAUUCCUGUUCUGAAUUCCCAUUUUUCCAUUCCUUUUCCAGGCUGGGCCCACGUGGUGUGUGCCCUGUACAUCCCUGAGGUGCAGUUUGCCAACGUGCUCACCAUGGAGCCCAUCGUGCUCCAGUACGUGCCCCACGACCGCUUCAACAAGACGUGUUACAUCUGCGAGGAGCAGGGCCGGGAGAGCAAAGCGGCCUCGGGGGCCUGCAUGGCCUGCAACCGUCACGGCUGCCGCCAGGCUUUCCCAUUUCCCAGUGCCCAGAUGGCCGGGCUGCUGUGUGAGGAGGAGGUGCUGGAAGUUGACAACGUCAAAUACUGCGGCUACUGCAAAUAUCACUUCAGUAAAAUGAAGACCUCUCGCCAUUCGGGGAGCAGCUCCUUCCUCCCGGGCAGGAGGAGCCGCUCGGCGUCCCCCACCCAGGAGAAGCACCUGUCCCACCACGAGCGCCCAAAAAAGGUGAGACUGUCCUGGUUUGAACAGCCCCUGCGUGUCCCCUGCCAGGGCUCCGGUGGCCACCACGAGGCCACCAAGGACAGCUCGGAGGUGGCCAGGGCCGAGGCCAAGGGCAGGAAAUCCUCGAGCCACGGCAGCAGCCACAAGGGAAAAAAAACGGGGAGCGGGAAAAGCUCCGGAGGAUUCGGAACGGCCGCGCCGGGAGGAACCUUCCAGGCUGCGGGUGAGGGGCGGGAGGAGGAGGAGGAGAGGGAGGAAGGAGAGGAGGGAAAAGAUGAAGGAAAAAGGAAAGAAGGGGGAUGGAAGAGGAGGGGGGGCGCUGGAGGCGCCACCAGCGCCGGCCACAAGCGCCUGCCGUCGCUCAGCGCCGAGGAGGGCGAGCUGCUCAAGGAGAAGAAGCACAAGGGCAGCAAGAAGAACAAGCACGGCCCCGGCCGGCCCAAGGCGGGCAAGGGCAAGGAGGUUUUGGGGGCCCAGCUGGCUGGAUCCACCUCCACCUCCUCCUCGCCCUUCUCCGGGGGGUCCCUCGUCAGCUCCAGCGUGGGCAGCUCCUCCCGCAGCUUCGGCCACGCCUCCAGCCUGCCCAGCCUCAGCGUGGAGUCGCCGCUGCUGGGCUCAG